AUAACCAACAAGAUUUCGUUAUCCACUUUCAGACAUUGCAGGCUCCUCCUCACUCAUUUUUCUCAAGGAAACCAAAAAAAAUGGCUUCUUCUUCUUCUUCUUCUUCUUCUUCUCCUUCAUCUCUUCUGCUCCCACUUGGUUCAUCUUCUGGCAAAACUACUCUACUUACCAAAAGACAUGGCAUUGUCAAUGUCUUUGACAAAGUCCAAGGUUUGAUGAACAUUAGUGUGCAAUGCUCAAACUUGGAACCAAGAAGUAGAGGUUCAAGAGCAAGAGUAAAGAAGGUGGAUACAAGUUUGAUUAAGAGAAGGGAUUGUGUAAUUGGGCUGGUAUUUGGGGUUUCAACUCUUUGUAAUAUAGGCUCAUUUGAUAAUGUUGCCAAAGGAGCUGGAUUGCCACCAGAAGAUAAGCCAAGAUUGUGUGAUGAAACCUGUGAGAAAGAGCUAGAAAAUGUGCCAAUGGUGACUACAGAGUCUGGGUUGCAGUUCAAGGACAUUAAAGUUGGUCAAGGCCCUAGUCCUCCAGUUGGUUUUCAGGUUGCUGCUAAUUAUGUUGCCAUGGUUCCAUCUGGGCAAAUAUUUGACAGUUCAUUGGAGAAAGGGCAGAUCUAUAUCUUUCGUGUUGGCUCCGGUCUGGUGAUCAAGGGACUUGAUGAAGGGAUCCUAAGCAUGAAAGUUGGAGGGAAGCGCCGACUCUACAUUCCCGGACCGUUGGCAUUCCCAAAAGGACUCACUUCAGCUCCAGGAAGGCCAAGGGUGGCACCAAAUAGUCCUGUAGUUUUCGAUGUCAGUUUGGAAUACAUACCAGGCCUUGAAGUGGAGGAAGAAUGAGACUACCAAAAUCUUCAUCUCCCAUCAAUCCUUUCAGUCUUGCCUCUCUCCCAUUUCAUAAUUUCUCCAAAGAGGUUUAAAAUUUGAGUUCUUGCAUUGUAUGCCUUCCAUCACGCCAUUUUUUUUUCUGAUACUGUACAAUUGAGUGUCCAUUUCAUGAUGUAAGUUGAGUAAACAUCUUUCCAGUCACUGCCUCAACUUGUUUCCUUCAAGAAUAGUCUACAAUAUCAAGAAAAUUCAGUAACCUUCAUUAAA